AUGAUAUCCUUCCUCUUCUUCCUUACCUUCCAGGUAAUUCUACUUGGCGCUUGGGUCGCCGGUUAUCUAGACCCAUACCAGAAACAACUUCAAGAGCUCUUGCUGGACUACAUGGGCGAGACAAAGGUGUCUUAUGGACUGAAAAAAAGUCUGACUGGCAAGAAGCUCACCGAGGACCAGAAUCUAAGCAAGAUUCAAGAUCAGCUCGGGAAUCAAUUGGGUGGGAUGUUUGGGAAAGGAGGCCUGGGAGAGGGAUUUGGCUCUGUUUUGAGUAAAGGUCUUUAA